AGGAAGAAAGGAAGAGAACCGUUUCUAUGACAGCCUCGCUCCUCCGUGGCACCUACCAUGCCUUCCGUUGAUUUAUUUUAAUUAAGUUACUUUCCAUGGAUAUACACAUAUUUCCUUUUCUUUUAUGUUCCUUGACUUGAACUUCUGAGGCGCAUCGCUUUUUCGAUUUUUGGCAGAAGAAUCGCGCGGCACAAAAAGAGGGAAAGAAAAUCGACUUAUAGCUAAGUUUCUGGUACGAGUGUCUUAAGCCAUCUUUUAGUGUUUAAAAUCGCCGUAAACGACUCUCAGACUUAUUAAUGCGGGGUUCUCUGCCAUUAAAGGUAGAGGUACCAAUUCACUCUCCUCGCCUGUACAGUAGGCUAUCGGAAUAUGUAUUCACUUCGAAAUAAGUUAGAAUAAAACCAGUUUCACAAUACUGUCACAUGCAAUUUUACAGUACUGUCCUGAUGUACCUAUGUAAUUAUUAAUACAGUAUUUUCACUUUGUUCAUUUGUUCAGUAGAUUAUGAGAAGCUGGCUCGCCUAUAUCUAGUGUGAUUUUUUGUUGUUGCUGAAAGACGUUUUCUAUCAUCGAACUAAAAAAAAACACCUGCAGCUACGACCGCUCUCGCGCGUACAAGUGUUUUCAUGUUAUUGCCAUCAUUAUCAUUAUUUUGUUUACAACCGAAGAAUGACCGUCAAACUGGAUUUUGAGGAAUGCCUUAAAGACUCCCCCCGUUUCAGGGCUGCCAUUGAGGGGGUUGAGGGAGAUGUUGGUGAACUGGAGACAAGAUUAGAGAAGCUGGUGAAGCAGUGUAACUCCAUGCUGGAGGCUGGGAAAGUGUAUUGUCAGAACAGCAAGAACUUUAUCACGGGACUGAAGGAACUGGGGCAGCACUGUGUUGCAGACAGCAUGCUGACGGAAAGUCUACAGAAAUUUUCCAGCAAGCUGUCUGUUAUUGUGGAUGCUCAGGGGGAGUUGAUGGAGACCACGCAGAAGUCAGUGAAGUUGAAACUGCAUAGCUUUGUUAAAGAAGAUGUGCGGCGGUUUAAGGAUGUGCGGAAGGAGUUUGAGCGCAGCAGUGAGAAUCUGGAGGCAGCCCUGGGGAGGAACGCUCAGGCCCCUCGGGCCAAGCUGCACGAGGUGGAGGAGGCCAGCAACACCCUGCUGGCUGCUCGCAAAGCCUUCCGGUCCGAGGCUCUGGACUACGUGCUGCAGAUCAAUGUCACCGAGUCGAAGAAGAAGACGGACAUUCUAGCAGCGGUGCUGUCCCUAAUCGAAGCCCAGGCUCAGUUCUUCCAGCUCGGCCAUCAGUCUCUCACAGAGGUGGAGGACUACCGCAAGAACCUCAGUGAGCAGCAUACUCAACUGGUCCUGAACUCUGCUCGGGAAAAAAGGGACAUGGAGCAGAGGCAUGCUGCCAUCAAAACAAAGGACAUAUCCUAUGAUGACUCCAUAAUGGACUUCAGCCCUGAUGCUCCCAGUGGCAUCGCCAUGGAGGGAUACCUGUACAAAAGAGCCAGCAAUGCCUUCAAAACCUGGAGCAGGCGCUGGUUCAGUAUCCAGAAAAAUCAGCUGGUGUACCAGAAGAAAUUUAAGGACCAGCCGACAGUGGUGAUGGAGGACCUGCGACUGUGCACAGUGAAGACCAGCGCAGAUAAUGAGAGGAGGUUCUGCUUUGAGGUGGUGUCUCCGUCCAAGAGCUGUCUGCUGCAGGCAGAUUCGGAGCGGCAGCAGCAAGGCUGGAUCAGUGCAGUGCAGAACAGCAUCGCCUCUGCUUUCCAGGACUGCAGAGAGGUCCAGCACAGCCCGAGAGGGAGAGACCGGUGUAGCUCGGUUUCUAACAGCAGUGGGGGGCAGUCAGGAGAGCAGGAGAGUACGGGACGACAGGCCCUGGAGGAGGUGCAGAAGAUCCAGGGGAACUCUCAGUGCUGCGACUGUGGGGAGCCCGGGCCUGACUGGGCCUCCAUCAACCUGGGAAUCACGCUGUGCAUCGUCUGCUCUGGCAUCCACAGGAGUCUUGGUGUCCAUUUUUCCAAAGUGCGCUCUCUCACUCUUGACUCCUGGGAGCCUGAGCUGGUCAGGUUAAUGUGUGAGCUGGGGAACACUGCAAUCAACAGGAUCUAUGAGGCACGCAUUGAGGAAAUCACAAUCAAGAAGCCACACUCAACCAGUCCUAGGCAGGAUAAAGAGUCGUGGAUUCGCUCAAAGUAUGUGGAGAAAAAGUUUAUUCAGAAGCUUCCAGAAACAGGCCGGGCUGCUCCCCUUCGCCGCUCCAGUGCCCGACGGAACCGGGCCAACACCCAGGAGCGAACGGGUUCCCGCCCCGCCCUCAAACCCAAGCCCAACCGAGCCACCCUCCCACGCCUCACAGGGCUGAGCUUGAGUGACAUUGGCCAGAAGAACCAUGCAGGUGCCCUCCAAGAUGAAGAGGAAGAGGAGGAUCUGAGUGGUCUUCAUCCCGGGGCUCUACUGUACCGCUCUGCUGCGCUCCAGCAGUUCCCUGUGAUGGCCGAUGCCCUGGCCCACGGCGCUGAUGUCAACUGGGUCAACACCACCGAGGAGAGCUCCACCCCUCUCAUACAAGCUGUGUCUGCUAAUUCCUUGGCAGCGUGUGAGUUUCUUCUGCAGAAUGGUGCCAAUGUGAACCAGGCAGACAGUAAUGGGAGAGGACCUCUCCAUCAUGCUACGAUAUUAGGACACACUGGGCUGGUCUGCCUCUUUCUGAAGCGGGGUGCGGACUAUAAUGCCAAAGAUAACAAACAGAAAGACCCCAUCACCAUCGCCGUGGAGAACGCCAAUGCAGACAUCGUCACAUUACUACGGAUCGCCAAGAUGAACAAGGAAAUGCGGGAGAUGGACGGAGCCUUUGGCCAAUCAGGUGAUGAAACAUAUCAGGAUAUCUUCCGAGAUUUCUCCCAAAUGGCCUCCAACAAUCCAGAGAAACUGAAACGGCGCAGCACCGACAUGAAGAUCCCAUGACCACUGGGUGUCACUGUCACACUAUGUUGUUAACUUAUGCACACACACACGCACACACACAUGCUCACACACAUGCACACAUUCCUUGCUGGAUUGACCGAUGGUGCAGGAAAAUUAGGAUGUUCUUUGCAACAUUAUGGGAACACCGAACAAGUUUCUGCUGGAAUUUGUUUUUCAGAUGCUUUGGAAAUACCACUUCCAAGACCUGGGUGCAAUAGUUAAUUAUUCCUUUAUGUGCCUCUCAGGAAUUUCAUAACCGCAGUGGUGUAAUUUCCCAUUUAAAUAAACCAUUCACAUCACACAAUUAUAUUGUAGACAGGACUGUGAGGAGAGAAUUACCCAGUUUGCCUUGAAAUGACAUGGCCCAGCCCUUUUUUAAGACUCCAACAAUUCUGCAGUUUCUACACAUUAUACAGUGUGAGCUUUGUUUCUUAAUUUAAUUUAAUGUAAUUCUUCCGGAAAUGAUUUGAUAAUGCAUGUAGCUCCAUCCUCCACAGUCACUAGGUUCACCAGGCGCUUAAGCAAUAUUAUACAGUAAGCUACUGAUUAGAGAACUGGGCUGAAGGUGAGAAAAGACUUGGGACAUUCAUUUUAGAAAGCAGGGUCAGCAGAAACAGGUGAGCAUUUAUGAACCUGGGCCUCAGUGAUUACUGAGCUAAAUUUGUGUCUGAUGAUAGAGUAUGAUGAUAAGAGCGUACAGUAAUCCUGUUUCCCACACCAAUACGUGUCUGCUGUACCAAGUUCAACAUGUGGAAGAAUAUGUUAAUAUUCAGGGGCAUAUUUCUGGUAUUAUGUACUGAUGUGACCCAGCAUCCUGGGUAUUUCUCAUUUUGGUUUUCUGUUUUUUGUCUUUGUUGUCACUGCAUGUUUGCAGAAAUAAAAGUUAUUUUUAAGCAAAAACAA